GCAGCCACUUGCAUCGAACCGAAUGACAAAUGAGGCUGGCGAAGACUAGGCACCUCUGCUGUAGCUAGUGAAAAUCUUUAGCUAAUCGCAGAUAAAAAAAAUAUAUGGUUCUAUCAUUGGCAUAAGAAAAAUUCAAAACAGCUGCUGAAAGACUGCACAGUUGUGAUGGAAUCUGAAUGAAGGCAGAAAGGAGGAAAUAAAGAAAACCACGAUGAAACUGAUAGUAUCACUUCUGUUGGCAACGAUGGCCAUGGCCAGUAGCAAAGGCAAGCUACAAAAGAAGGGCUUUGUAGUUGAAGUGCAGAGUCACCAGCAAGCCAUAAAGUUGGCAAAUCCAAUCGCAGACUUGGAACAAACUAUAAGCAGAGGUAUGAAUGACCCAUACACAGACCCGCACUUCGUGAUGAAUCAAAUCAACGCGGAAUUCUUCGGUAACUCAAUGAAGAGCAUUAACGCUGGGACAGCGACAGGAGAAAACGAAGCCCAUAGCAAAGAGCUAAUGGCGUUUAGAAACCUCCCUAUGAAUUCCAUGGGAAUCAACAGUGUGCCAGAAAACCUUUUACCAAGCAAUCCCAUAAUGCAACACGCUGUUAAGGACAACAAUGUGCCUUUGCGCCAACCUGCCGUGUCCAUCAAUGAAGCUUUGAGCAAAAUAAUGAAAAUCCGCAAUUCUCUGACAGCAAAGAAGCAUAUUGGUAAAAGCAAGCCACAGCCAUUCAAUUCUCCAUUCGAUCUCCAAAAAAUGGCAUCGUACCCUACUUUGCCAUCGAACAUGAAAAUUGCCCACGUGUCAAGUGACGUAAUACACCCGUCUUUGUCGAAAUCCGAAAAAGGGAAUGCACGUAGUUUCGAUUCUGCAGUCGAAACAGGGCUGGCUGACAUGGAUGAAAAUCAACCAACAGAAGCAGCAGUACAGAGUCUCGUAAACUCACCAGAUAAAUCAAACUACCCGAUUAAUAUCGGAGAAGAUUCGCAAAAUAUUGGCGAUACGUUGAGCUCAGUGAUUGAGAAAAAUGGUCCGAAGUCAAACGAUAUAUUAUCAACAAAUCCUGGUUCAAUUAGUAACAAAGAAAUGGAAGAAAAUUUUUCUUCAAUAAGAGCAUUUCUUGAUGCUGAUAGUGUUUUGAGAACGAAGAAGGUGAUGGAGCCCGAGAAGAGUUCAUUGGAAGACCUGUUACACUCAAAACACAAAAAGCAUACGGUACCAAAGGCGAAAAGAACACUCAGGAAAAUGCUGAGGCCUCACAUAAGGACAACACGUGACGCAGUCAGUCAACAGUAACAUUAUUACAAGCCUGGAUAAACUGAAAAGAAAGUAUAAACUUCCUUGUCCUUUAUGGAUAUUAUGAGGACAGUACCUUGAUCAUGUUAUUUCCAGGCGAAAUAUGCAAAAAACUAUUGAAAUGACCUUUGGAAGUCGCAAUAACCUUUUAUCAUAUAGAUGUCUGACGUUGCAACUGUGGAAUAAGUGAAGUCGUCUGCGAUCAGGAGAUCUAUGAAGAUUUAAAGAGGGAACUAAUGACAGAUAGUUAAUUGACUAGAACACUGACACGUUUUGAAGUAGCUUUGAAUGUAAACUUUGUAUAUUUGACAUGAUUGAUUUAGGUUCCUAUAUAUGUAGACGAAUCCAAAACACGUUUAAAUUAAUUGUUUUGAAAGGAUGAAAUAAGAAGGAGCGCCACGGGUGGCACAUUGGGAAGAGAUAGGGGGGUUUUGCGGGGGCUAAAGGGGUGCUGAAAGUAUCGUUCGUCAAAACGUAAUGAAAAAAGUAUCGUUCGGUCUUGCGGUACAGUUGCUGAAGCUUCUUAGAAUGAGCUCAUGACAAAGUUUAGAAUCGCUGUUCAAAAUGGUAUAUACUCGAUUUCUUGGCCUAAUUCCUUAUCUUGGCCUAAUUCCUUAUCACUGAUUGUUUGGUCACUUAUCACCAAGUGUGAUAUACUAAUCAACCAGGAACUGCGUGGGAAUCAGCGAUCGAGCAUUUCAAAUCACCGAUUCGCUUUUUCCAAUAUCAUUCCUCCUAUUACUUACUAGAAAGUUAUUGCACUGCUGUUAUUCAUAUGACUAUUCAGAUAUAUCGAGAAGACUAGUUUAACAAAAAUGAACAUUAGAUUACCAUCUCCAAGAAUAUGAGAUAAGAGUAAUAAUGGUUUGUGAUUCUUGAUAUUUUAUUGUUAAUAACCAAUCAAAAUAAUGAGUUAUUCGUAGAAGCAAUUAUUUUUAUUUGACUUUUAAUAUGUGAUUAUUUAUGUGAUCUUAUCCAAUAGCUAUGCAUAUUGUUACGCAAUUGGUAUGUUGUAAUAUUUAACUGUAGUAUUGUCAUUAUCAAACUAGAGCCCAGACUUUGUUUGGUUACU